CAUGACUAACACCACUUUGACUAUUUUACACUUGUCCAGCAAUGCAAUCGGGGAAGAAGGAGCUCAUUCACUGUCAGAAGCGCUCAAGACUAACGUCACUUUGACCUUCUUGAACCUGCAUUACAACUCAAUUGGGAAUGGAGGAGCCCUUGCACUGUCAGAGGCACUCAAGGUUAACACUACUUUGACCGCUCUAGGCCUGGGAAACAAUUCAAUUGGGAAAGAAGGAGUUCUUGCACUGUCAGAGACGCUCGCGACUAACACUACUUUGACUACCUUGAAACUGGGAUACAACUCAAUUGGGAAUGAAGGAGCUCUUGCACUGUCAGAGGCUCUCAAGAUUAACACAACCUUAACUGGUUUGGACUUGUCCGACAACUCAAUUGGGAAUGAAGGAGCCCUUGCAUUGUCAAUGGCACUCAAGACUAAUAUAGCUUUGACUGCCUUGGAUUUGUGGAGGAACCCAAUUGGAAAGGAAGGAGCUCUUGCACUACUAGAGGCGACCAUCACAAUAGUAUUUGAAUAG